AAUAGUUUUUACUUUUUCAUGGUCAGCUUCUUUCUGUUGAAACUUCAAUUCUUGAUUAUAUUAAAAAAGGAACAAUCCUCAAGACUGUCUAGCAGCCAACAUAUAUUUUUCGUUGUUCUUUAAUGGAUAUUCUAUCAAAUAGAAAAAAAGCCAUUGGAAUUGCAUGUCAAGCGCAAGCAUCGAUGUUCUUGCUUUUGUGGGAGAUAUGCAUUGCAAUCGAUGUUCCUGCCAAUUUUGUUUUUGGCGAUUCAUUGGUUGAUGUUGGAAACAACAACUAUAUAGUAUCACUUUCAAAAGCUAAUUAUACCCCUAAUGGGAUCGAUUUUGGAAGACCAACGGGACGAUUCACCAAUGGAAGAACAAUAGUUGACAUUAUAGGUCAGGAAUUGGGUUUCGGAGAUUUCACUCCUCCUUACUUGGCUCCUACAACAGUAGGAUCUGUGGUUUUGAGGGGUGUGAAUUACGCUUCCGGUGCAGGCGGAAUUCUUAAUCGCUCUGGCUGGGUUUUUGGUGGUCGAAUAAACUUGGACGCACAAAUUGAUAACUUUGCCAACACAAGACAAGACAUAAUCACAAGAAUUGGGGCUCCUGCAGCUCUAAAUCUCCUCCAAAGGGCUAUAUUCUCAGUUGCAAUUGGCUCCAAUGAUUUCAUUAACAACUACUUAACACCACUCCUUUCAGUCCCCGAGCAAAAGUCGAUACCGCCGGAAGUGUUUCUGAGAAGCAUGAUUGCAAGAUUCAGGCUACAACUUACAAGACUCUACAAUUUGGGUGCUAGAAAGAUCAUUGUAGCGAAUGUGGGACCUAUCGGAUGCAUACCAUAUGAGCGAGAUACAAAUCCAUCAGUAGGAGAAGACUGUGUUACUUUUCCAAAUCAGUUAGCCCAGCAAUAUAACACGGAGUUAAAAAGCUUGGUUGCUGAGCUUUGUGCAAGCCUAGACGGAUCAUUUUUUGUUUAUGCAGAUGUUUAUAGCAUUGUACAAGACAUAUUACAAAAUUACAUGUCUUACGGUUUUGAGAAUGCUAAUGCGUCGUGUUGCCAUCUUGCUGGGCUAUUCGGCGGUUUGAUACCUUGUGGUCCGAUCUCUAAAGUUUGCGCAGACAGAUCUAAAUAUGUAUUUUGGGAUCCAUACCAUCCUUCUGAAGCUGCUAAUGCUAUAAUAGCAAAACGCCUAAUGGAUGGUGACUUGAAUGACAUUUCACCAAUCAACAUUCGUCGACUCUCUAUAAUUUGAUCCAAUUAAUCGAGAAAUCGAAGGAAAUUUAUCAGAAUUUUUACUUAUCCUAAAUUGCUGGCAGAACAGUAUAUACUUAAUAGUGUAAGGGUUCUUAAAUAAUAUAAAUUUUUGUGGAAUAAAAUAAUUAUAUUCUAUUGGAACAA